AUGACAAAGACAGCGGAGCGGAGAAAACACAACCAGUUAGCAAUUUUCUUUAAAGAGUUACUAACGGCCCUUUUUUGUUAAAACCAUGCGUGAAGGGGUUUGUAUGUUCUUCUACAUGGCGUAUUUAGCAGUGGAGCAUCUACGGGUGCUUCCACUCCAACAGGGGAUCGAGCUUUAUGAUUUGGCAGCUGAUAACUCUGUAAUCACGUAUACCAGAAAAGACAGGCAGUACUUUUCCGAUUACGGCCCAACCGUGAUGAUUGUUGUAAGCAAGGAAUUCCCGUACUGGGAGAGCAACAAGCGAUCACUUCAAACUUGCAUGGAUGACUUCAAAAGACUCCCCUUUGUAGGAGAUGUCUAUACAUCCUGGCUGGACUCUUAUUUGUCUUAUGGGCAAAAUGUGCAUUUAAACCUUAAUGACAAAGAUGUUUUCAUCAAAAAUCUACCCCCAUUUUUUGAUCUAUUUCCAUUUUUUAAGCAGGAUGUCAACUUGAGUAGGAAUGAGAUUCACGCCUCUCGGGUCUUCAUUCAGACUGUUCAGAUUGCCAACGCCAGUACAGAAAUCCAAAUGCUGGAUGGUCUUAAAACCGCAGCAAGCAGAUGUUCAGUUACAUCUUUAUUAGCCUAUAAUAAAGAGUUUAUUUUUUACGACCAGUAUGGCGUCGUGGUCAGCAGCACCAUUAAGAACGUUGGUGUGAUCACCGCUGUGAUGCUGGUUGUGUCUUUCCUGCUGAUCCCAGACCUUGUCUGCUCGCUAAGCGUGACCUGCUCCAUCGGUUCGGUGACCGUAGGCGUGACGGGUUUGAUGGCGUUAUGGGACAUCACCUUAGACUCCAUAUCCAUGAUCGUAUUUACCAUCUGCAUUGGCUUCACUGUGGACUUCUCCGCUCACGUGACCUACGCCUUCGUCUCCAGCAAGAAGCAACGUGCUAACGACAAGGUUUUGGAUGCGCUCUUCAGUCUCGGCCAGCCCAUCCUUCUUGGCUGCGUGUCCACCAUGUUGGGCGUGUCAGUGUUGGCGACGUCUGAAUUUCACACCUUCAGAACCUUUUUUCAGAUAUUCUUUCUCGUCAUGUUUAUUGGGAUGGUUCACAGCCUCGUUUUCAUUCCAGUUCUUCUGACGUUGUUGAAAUGUAACACACAUAAAGAGAAAGGUAAAAACAACACGUCUCCCAUUAGUAAACUAUGAACUUUGUUUAAAACCAGUUAUAACUUUUGUUGUUAAAUUAGGCAAAUUUAUUUUUGGUUCUCAUCAGUAAAAUGUGAAGAUAAGCCUCAUGUGCUUGUCAAAAGUGUUUUGGACAUCACCGCAUCAAAAGCACAGAAUACAAUUUUAGGAUAAAAUUGUAGUUUUGAAAGAAGUCGGGAGUUUUAUAUUUCACAUGGAAUUGGUGUAAUGAAGCACUUUUAUUUAUGGAACAGAAUAUUUAAGGUAGGUUGUAUUUUUCACUGUUAUGUUGAUUUUAUGUCUUUUUUUUAAAAU